UUAAAACAACAGCCAGUUUGUUCAAUUUACACAAAGGGUUUUCAAAAAAACUAAACAGAAAGCAAGAUGACUUGCACAUGGAUUCUCAAGGUACUAAUGGUCAUCAUCAACAGUGCCAUCCUUAUAGCCGGUGGUAUAACGGCGAUCAUUGGAUUUUUGAUCGAAACGAAGGGCAAGACUGUUCUUGAAUUGCUGAAAAACAAUAAUGAAAUUUUCUCAGAUUUUGCUCCUUGGUUUAAUGCUACCUACUCGCUAAUUGCUAUUGGGGCCGUCCUUGCCUUCAUGGGCUUCCUGGGCUGCUGCGGAGCCUACUGUGAGGAUAAGUGCAUGCUCAUGAUCUACUUCAUCAUCAUCUUCGCUGUGUUUGUCGCGGAGGUGUUGGCAGCAGUACUCCUUCUGCUUCACCAGUCUAAGGCAGAGGUACUGCUGAAUAAUAUACGUACACAAGUCGCUAAGAACAUAAAGGAGAACUAUGGUAAAAACAACAUCAUCACUAAACCGUGGAACGAGACGAUGGAUUUGAUGAAAUGCUGUGGAUAUAACAAUUACACAGACUUCGAGGAUUCCCCACAUGUAAAUAACACCUCAUUGUACCCCCCAUCCUGCUGCUCUGAAACAAAUGAGUGUUUUCGCAAAAAAGCAGAAUCAGAGAAAGUGACUGGGUGUUUUGACGCUCUGGUGAAGUGGGUGCAGAAUAACUCUUCCUUGCUCGGGGGCAUUGCUGUUUGUAUCAUUGCUAUAGAGGUUGUUGCAAUGAUCGUGUCCCUUAUACUGUACAGGGGGUAAACCUGGAAACAUGCAGGUGUAAUGCUGCACACUGUAACAUCUUACACCUGCAAUAAUACAAAUUGUUUACUGGAAAAAAAAACUUAUUUUCAUGUAUGCUUUUAAUAAGGUUAAUGCUUUUAAGUUAACGCAACCUAUACCUCAAAAUGCAAAUAUG